AUGGCGGAGGAACUGCUAGCCGGGUCCCAGUGGCCAAAUUCAAGAGAUGCCUAUGAGCUUCAGGAAAUCAUCGGCAGCGGGGCCACUGCCGUGGUACAGGCAGCCUUCUGCAAACCUAAGAAGGAGCGGGUUGCAAUAAAGAGAAUAAAUCUGGAGAAAUGCAAUACGAGCAUGGAUGAGCUUCUGAAAGAGAUUCAAGCCAUGAGUCAGUGCAAUCAUCCCAAUGUCGUGACCUAUUUCACCUCAUUUGUGGUGAAGGAUGAACUCUGGCUGGUCAUGAAGCUGCUGAGUGGAGGCUCUAUGCUGGAUAUAAUCAGAAGGACGGUCAGCAAGAAUGAACACAAGAAUGGUGUGCUGGACGAACCAGUGAUAGCAACAGUUCUCAAAGAGGUGCUGGAGGGCUUGGAUUAUCUGCAUAGGAAUGGACAGAUACACAGGGACGUUAAAGCUGGUAAUAUUCUACUUGGAGAUGAUGGAUCUAUACAAAUUGCAGAUUUUGGUGUGAGUGCCUUUCUGGCUGCUGGUGGGGAUAUGACCAGAAAUAAAGUCCGCAAAACCUUUGUUGGAACUCCGUGUUGGAUGGCCCCAGAAGUGAUGGAGCAGGUACGAGGUUAUGACUUCAAAGCAGACAUCUGGAGUUUUGGAAUAACAGCAAUUGAACUGGCAACUGGAACAGCACCGUAUCACAAGUACCCACCGAUGAAGGUUCUGAUGGUGACUCUACAAAAUGAGCCGCCUACUCUCGAGACAGGUGUAGAGGACAAGGAGAUGGUUAAGAAGUAUGGCAAGUCCUUCCGUAAACUGAUAGCCCUGUGUCUUCAGAAAGACCCUGCAAAGAGGCCCACUGCAGCAGAGCUGCUGAAGCACAAAUUCUUUCAGAAAUCAAAGAGUAAAGAUUAUCUGAUGGAGAAGUUGUUAGGCCAAUCACUAAGUGGAGGGCAAAGGGACACAAAGACGAGACGCGUCCAGGGGUCGAGUGGGCACUUGUACAAAACAGAGGACGGAGGCUGGGAGUGGAGUGAUGAUGAAUCGGGUGAUGCGUACGAUGAAUCAAAACCUGCGGCCUAUCAGAAAACUGUGAGUGCAUUUGGCUCUUUCUUGCAGCUGGCAAUAAACAGUCUCCCUUUUCAAGUGAAACAAAAUCAGACAAAGGAACAGUCAGGAAGUCCAUCACAUCUAACUAACCAGGAUGGUUCAGUCCAUCUGGUCCUGCGACUGAGGAAUUUACGAAGGGAAUUGAAUGACAUCAGAUUUGAGUUCACUCCAGGGAGGGACUCUGCGUCUGGUGUUUCUCAGGAGCUCGUUUCUGCAGGUUUAGUGGACGAGUUUGACAUGAUGGUUGUGGCUAACAACCUGCAGAGACUAAUCGAUGAUCCUCAUUCAAACAGGACACUCACAUUUAGACUGGUCUCUGGCUGUGAGGGCUACAGCCCAGACGAAACCAAACUCAUUGGAUUUGCACAGCUCAGCAUGAGAUGACAAUCCUCCUCAGAAACCGGUACCAAAGAAUUCUGGGACGCCUCUCUAUCAACACGACCUG